AUGCAUCUAUCACCGCUCUUGACUGUUCUCGCAACUCUGUGCUCCAUCACCAUUGCCGUUCCACUAGGACAGGAUACACCAGCACAAGAUUUAACUCCAACACCGACAUUCAAGCCCUCGGCAUCUGCCUCACACUCACACUCCGCGUCGGCUUCUCCAGUGCGGACCCCCGUUGGCGCGUACCAGUGCCCUCAGCAACAGUACAAGGCAUGCUGUCAGUCCCUCGAACAGGAGACGCAGGGAAUUUUCCAGUCAUUGGGUGACCUUGUCCCAUUCAUGGGAGGGGUUCAAGUUAGCUCGAAAGUUUCAUUCCAAUGCAAGAAUAUGGGUGAGAAUACCGAUCCGGCUACUUGCAAGGGACAUGGAUACUCGCCUAUGUGUUGCUCAGACAGAAUAGACACUGCCUCUAUCAACAGGUGCAAGUCUUUCGAAUCUGUCAAGGAGAAAUACUAUCAAUCCUUCGGUUACAAUGUCGACGACGAGUCCCAGUCGGACUUGGUAUAUGAUGUGUUGUCAUGAGGAUUGUACUGUUGCAAUCUUCGUGGCAUGUCUUGGAGUAUAUUGGGGUCAGUCUAGCAUAUGGGGGAAAGGUGGAGGCAUUGGUGCUCUUCAUUUCAUU